AUGACUGCUGAUGAUACUGUGGAAACAAUCAUCGGUCGUUUCGGAAAGUAUCAAACAUGGAUUUUGUUUCUCAUUACCAUCGGAAGGUUUCCCACGGAGUACCAACUGACCAAUGUCGUGUUCAUCAUACCGAGCGUGGAAUAUGUGUGCAUGGAUGAUAAUGCUUAUAACUUGACUAAUCAUUGUCCGUGUGAGAACAUGCAAUAUGAUCAGAGUUCUAUUGUAAGUUCAGUCACCAGUACGUGGAAUCUCAUAUGCGAUAGAAGCCAGCUGGCAAGCUUAGCACAAUCUAUUUUACAAGUUGGAAUCCUGUUUGGAAGUAUUUUUUAUGGACAUGUUUCUGAUAGAUAUGGACGUAAGUUUGCCAGCAUACUGUCACUAGUCUCAGAGGUUAUCUUUGUAGCAUUAUCUACAGUAUCAUCGCAAAUAUGGAUUUUCAUCGUUUUUCGCUUUUUCAUCGGUACUGCUGUUGGAGGAACAAUGCUUUGCUGCUAUGUGAUAAUUAUUGAACUUAGUGGAAAAUCGUUUAGACCAUAUAUGACAGGAUUGAUUGAGUUAUCUUAUAUUUUGUCAUAUUUUACGCUACCCAUCAUUGCUUACUUUUUACGGGACUGGAGACAUCUACAAUGGGCAACAUCCUUACCUUGGGUUUUCGUAAUAUUUUACUACUUCCUUGUACCAGAAUCACCCAGAUGGCUAAUAACAAUGGGUCAAAAAGACAAAGCUUCGAAAAUAUUAACAUAUAUAGCCAAAAAAAAUAAUAUGCCAACUGAUAAUAUAAAGGAAUUGGUAGAAAAAGCUGUUAUGGAAGCCCAAAGUUCACGUACAAAACAAUACGGAUCAUACUUAGAUCUUUUCAAAACUCCAAAGAUUAGAAUUUAUACGCUGAUUACGGCCUUUGUUUGGAUGUGUUGUGCUCAUACGUUUUUCGGCAUUAAUCAGUACAUCGGUCGACUUCAAGGAAACAUUUACCUUAACGUAAUGCUUUCGUCAGUAAGUUUAGUACCUGGACUAAUUCUAGUCGUUCUAGCAUCAUUAUACUUAAGAAGAAAGAUUGCUGUUAUAACAAGUUUUGCUGUAGCUGGUGUCUCUUUAUUAGUGUUUAUAGUGUUACCAUCGGGUAUGAGAGCAGCUGAAUUAACAUUUGCUAUCAUAGGUCAGAUCGGAGCAUAUACGUCAUUUGUUCAGGUGUAUUUAUAUUCAUCUGAAGUUUUUCCUACUGUAGUUAGAAACUCCGCUAUGGGAUUUGCUUCAGUCUUCGGAAGAUUUGGUGGUUUUAUUGCACCUUUUGUAGUUAACAUAGGUAUAGAAUGGGUAUCUAUUUUAAUAUUUUCUUUUUUAGCUUUUUGUGCUGCAUUUUUGUGCUACUUUUUACCGGAAACUAAAGAUAUUGUUCUGCUAAAUACUAUAGAUCAAACAGAAAAAUCAAAUAAGAAUGACACAGUAGUAAGUAGGUAGUUUCUUAAUU